UGCUUAAAGAAGAACAGCAGGAAGAUCCGGAGCCCCCCCACAUUAAAGAGGAGCAGCUUCAAGGGCUGGAGAAGGCUGACAUGACUGUGUCAUUCACUCCUGUGAAGAGUGAAGAUGUUAAAGUGGAAGCUCAUUCCUCGCAACCUAAUCACAGAAAAACUGAACAAAUGGAGACAGGAGGUGAUGGAGAGGACUGUGGAGGACCAGAACCAGACCGCAACUCGGGUCCAGCCAGUCCUCCAGAUACUGAUAAGAAAACUGGAGACUCUUCUGAGACUGAGGACAGUGGUGAUUGGAAUGAGACCAGAGAACCUCUGUCUGGUGAAGAGUUUGUCAGUGAUUCUAGAUGUAGAACAAGUGAGAAACCUUUGAUCUGUUCUGAAUGUAAGAAAACAUUUGGUUGCAUUCAGAAGCUGAGGAAACACAUGAUGACCCACACAUCAGAGAAACCUUUCAGCUGCUCACAGUGUGGUAAAUGUUUCACCCAAAAGAGAAAUCUAAAAAUACAUGAGAGAUGUCACACAGGGGAGAAACCUUUCAGCUGCUCACAGUGUGGUAAAUGUUUCACCCAAAAGAGAAAUCUAAAAAUACAUGAGAGAUGUCACACAGGGGAGAAACCUUUCAGCUGCUCUCAGUGUGGUAAAUGUUUCACCCAAAAGAGAAAUCUAAAAAUACAUGAGAGAUGUCACACAGGGGAGAAACCUUUCAGCUGCUCAGAUUGUGGUAAAGGUUUCACCUCAAAUGGAGAUCUAAAGAGACACAUGAGAUGUCACACAGGAGAGAAACCUUUCAGCUGCUCAGAUUGUGGUAAAUGUUUCACUCAAAAGGAAUAUCUAAAAUUACACAUGAGAUGUCACACAGGAGAGAAACCUUUCAGUUGCUCAGAGUGUGGUAAAUGUUUCCCCGUAAGUGGACGUCUUAAGACACACAUGAUAAUUCACACAGGAGAGAAACCUUUCAGCUGCUCACAGUGUGGUAAAUGUUUCACCCAAAGGGGAAAUCUAAAUUUACACAUGAGAUGUCACACAGGGGAGAAACCUCUCAGCUGCUCAGAUUGUGGUAAAGGUUUCACUACAAAUGGAGAUCUAAAGACACACAUGCGACGUCACACAGGAGAGAAACCUUUCAGCUGCUCACAGUGUGGUAAAUGUCUCACUAAAAGUGAUAAUCUAAAGAGACACAUGAGAUUGCACACGGGAGAAAUCUUUCAGCUGCCCAGAGUGUGGUAAAUGUUUCACUAGAAGUAGAGAUGUGAAGAGAUACAUGAGAUGUCAUACGCUGUGUAAAUCUAAAAGUCCACAUGAAAACUCAGAUGAGAAUCCCCUUUAACGUCUUUCCCUAAUUUACAUUACCGUUUCCCACGUGAGUUUUGAAUAUCCGUCGCUAAGCUAUAAUGACACAUCUUUGAAGCUACUCUUCAUGUUCACAAUUACAACCAACUAUCUAAGAAUUCCUCACAGGGAUUUAUUGGGACGACACUCUUUUAUUGGAACGACACUCUUGUUUGGUUUUUCCUAUGCUCCCGAGGGUUUUGGGUCACAGGAUGUCACGUGUGAUAAAAAAAAUGAAAAUAAUUUAAAUAUCUUCUGACAGAUGGUCAGAAGUUCAUAUUCCAAGAACAAAAUGUUCUUGUCGGUCACACACAAACUAUAAACUAUGCUAAGCUAUUAAUUCAUUGGAAAGGUGUUGUAGGAGCCAUAUUAAGCUACUGUAUAUUCAUGUUUCUUUCCCCCAGCAGUAGUGUGGGUGUGUGUGUGUGGGUGUGUGUGGGCAGGCCUUAAAACCAGGAUGACCGAGCAGUGGGUGUGGCCGAGAGGGGAAACAGUCUUUUGACCGUGUGGAGGAAGGACGUGAGCCCAGGCCAUGACGUGACAAGCCGUCUCCUGCCAUAUAACAGACUACAUUAGUUGAAUUGUGUUUAUUAUUUUUACUUCAUUUUUGGGUUUGUAAAUUAUAUCCACGGAAGAGCAAUAAAUGGUCAUUGCACCGAACCGGAUCAAUUUCUACUCCUCAUCAUUAAAAACCACAUGCGUCAAGAUAUCCAGCUCAGCCACAGGAAGGAGCUGAUCGGAAAGUAAAGGGACCAACUGAAAAGGCUUCUACAGGUGUAAUCUAAGAGAGUGAUUCUAAACCAUCGGUCCGCGAGCGCCACCUAGAGGGUUUUUACCCGUGGGCCGCAGUUGAAAUAUUUCUACUCUGGGCAAAGAAUUAUUAUAACCGUCUUUACGGAGACAAGUAACAGAGAUAAGCCACGCCCCUUCCAGGCGCACAUAAAGUGGGACAUGAAUGAAACAAAAUAACUAGUUGGGUGAGUAAACAGUGGCGAAAAUCCCCUUGGCAUUUUAAGUGUGAAGGUAGCAUAACGCUCUCCACCAAAGCAUUGAAGCCAUCAAAAUUUAAGCGGAUGGCGUCAUCUCACUGACUUGCAACUCUAAAUCUUACUUAAAAGCCAGCUGUCUUUUUCUCUUCCAUGAAGUGUUAGUGUUGUUUUUGCAGGUUUACAUACAGAUAAUAAAUAAAUGUCUUGUGAUGAUCACUGUAUCAGGUUUUUGCUUUUUUUUAUUUUUUUUAGUCAUUGAAUACAAAUCCAACCUAUAAUUAUAUCAAUUAGUUAAUAUAAAAUAGUGUUAAUAUUUGAACGGGCGCCUGGGCAUAUUUGUACAUUUGGGCCCUGAGGUCAAAUGGUUAAGAACCCCUUAUCUUAGGCAUGUUUCCCACUGUUAACAUUGUAACAUUACCCAACCUUAUAUUGUCCUGUCCAAUGACUGAUUUUUAUGUUCCAUUUGUGUUACUGCAAGCUGUCAUAUUAUCAAUGUAUUAAUGCAUAAAUUUCCGUGAACCAAAUUCUCUUUUGCAUUUUUAAUGUGCAGAAAAAUACCAGAAGGCCUUUUACUGUUUUUCAUGCAUUGAGUUCUUACUCUUGUUUAUAUUGUUUUAACGUUUUUUUAGGAACCUUUUUUUAGGCUUUAGUUUUCCUAGUCAAUCCUCAUAUUGAGCUGCGUACAUAUUUAUAUAUCAAACUAAUACAUCUUUGUGUGUUGAGAAACAAAAAGUAGAAAACAUUGCUGAGCAAGCAC